UACAUUUAACACUUUUUUAGUGUAUUAAAUGCAUAGCCCUGCUAAUGACCAAUUCAAAAAUUUGGAGUAAAAUGUCAAAUAUUGGCAAACGGGGUUCCAGUGUUCGACAGAGACCCGCUGAAUAUGUUCAAAAUUUUGAAGUUCUCCGAAAUAAAUGCUUAGAAGACAAAAUACUAUUCAGAGAUCCAGAAUUCCAAACAUACGAUUUAACUGAGUAUUACGAUUUGCAAAAAAAUCGGUUUGAAUGGCGAAGACCAAAAGAAAUUUCAAAAAAUCCCGAAUUUUUUGUUGAAGGAGUUUCAAGAUUCGAUGUAAAACAAGGAAUUUUAGGCGACUGUUGGCUAUUAGCUUCCAUAGCAAAUUUGACUUUGAACAAUAAACUUUUUUAUAAAGUCGUUCCAUAUGAACAAGGAUUCUAUAUUAAAUACGCUGGUAUAUUUCACUUUAGAUUUUGGCAGUAUGGUAGAUGGGUUGACGUGGUUAUCGACGAUCGUUUACCGACCUACGAUGGAAAGUUAUUAUUUCUUCAUUCAGCAAACGAAAAUGAAUUCUGGAGUGCUCUAUUGGAAAAAGCUUAUGCCAAAAUCCACGGUUCAUAUGAAGCUUUGAACGGAGGUUUUACAAUGGUGGCUAUGGGAGAUUUCACCGGAGGUGUAUCAGAAAUAUAUGAAUUAAAUGAUGUACCACCUGAUUUAUUUACGAUUAUGCUAAAUUCUAUUCAACGACAAUCGCUUAUGAGUGGUUCAAUAAUCACAUCGAAAAUGUUUGAUUCAAAGAAAAGUGGAUUAUUUAACAACCAUGCAUAUAGUAUUACUAAGCUAAGUUGUUUUUCUAUGAAAAAUACUACUCGUAUAAUACGUUUGAUUAGACUUCGAAAUCCUUGGGGUAAAUGUGAAUGGAAUGGCCCCUGGAGUGAUAAAUCAAAUGAGUGGUUAUCUAUGCCUCAAAAAAUAAAAGAAUCAUUGGGUUUGGUAAUAGAUGAUGAUGGGGAGUUUUGGAUGUCAUUCGAUGAUUUUAUCAAAUAUUUCUCUAUAUUGGAAAUUUGUAAUUUGGCCCCUGACGACGAUUUAGCAACGGAACAAUAUGGUACAGACUCUAAAAGAAAAUGGGAUUUGAGUAUGUUUGAAGGUGAAUGGGUCCGUGGUGCAACUGCAGGUGGAUGUGAUGUAUUUCAAGAAUCAUUUUCAAGUAAUCCACAAUAUAAUAUUACAUUAGAAGACCCUGAUGAUAAUGACAAUAAAAAUAUGUGUACAGUGCUUAUUUCAUUAAUGAAAAAGAACGUGCAUCGUAGUAUGGAUUCGUUAUCAAUUAGAUUUUUUUUGUUUGAUCUCAACAAAUCAAAGUCUGUGCCGAAACCAUUAGACACGAAUUUUUUUCACAAUAACACUGCUUUAUAUAAGUUCCAUUCUUUUAAGUUCCGUCAAAGAGAAAUUUGUAAGAGACUUAAGGUACCUCCUGGUAAAUAUUGUAUUGUACCUUGUACAUCUAACCAAAAUGAACAAGGGGAGUUUUUGCUUAGAGUAUUUUCAGAAAAAAAAAACAAUUUGGAGGAGUUUGAUAAUGAAGUAGGAAUGUGUCCAAUUGAUGAUAAGAUCGAAAAAUUGACUCUUAAGACAAAAAAAAGUGAAGAUUUGAAUGAAAAAUUAAAUAAAUAUUUUUUUAAAGUAGCUGGGAAGGACAAAGAGGUCGAUUGGAUGGAUCUAAAACAUAUUUUGAAUUUCGCUAUGAAACAAGAGCCCGGGAACAUACGAUUUUCAAAUGAUGUAUGUCGUUGCUUGAUUGCUAUGAUGGAUUGGGAUAAAUCAGGCAAACUUGGUUUUAAAGAAUUUCAAAGAUUAUGGUUGUACAUUACACAAUGGAAGGUUGUUUUUAAAACGUACGAUAAUAAGAACAAGGGUUAUAUCAAAGGUUUUGAGUUAAGACCAGCAUUAAAUUUGGUUGGUUACUUUAUUAAAACACGUACCAUAAACACUAUGUGUCAUCGGUAUUCGAACAAGAAAGGAUACAUAGAGUUUGAUGACUUCAUCAUGUGUGCUAUAAAACUUAAAACCACGAUAGACAUAUUCAAAGAACGUGAUACUGAUAAUAAAAAUGUGGUUUCAUUUACAUUGGAAGAAUGGGUAGAAAAAUCAUUUUAUUCGUAGAUUUAAGUAUAAAUUAAGUUUCAUUUUUAUGAACUUAAUCAUUUUUUUUUUUUUAAUACUGUUUACUAUUAUUGAUGUUAUAAUUCAUAAGUUUAAUUGAGCGGUAUAGUCGUAAAAAUGUAGU